AUGGACACCUAUGGCCUGGCUGCAGUCAAGUUCAGCAGCUGCGUGGACACCAAAGGGACACAGUAUGAGACCAACAGCUUGGACUUCAAAGUCAGGGCGGAUGGGACAGUCUUCGCCACUCGGGAAUUGAAGAUCCCCUCAGAGCAGGUAGCCUUUACUGUGACUGCACGAGAACGCCAGAGCGCUGAGCAAUGGGACGCCAUGGUGCGGCUGCUGGUAGCCCAGACAUCAUCAGCACAUUCUGAAGACAAGAAAGGGAAGGCAAUGGCCCUGGACCCCUCUCAGCCCCCGAAGGACACAUUGCUGCCAUGGCCUCAACAUCAGAGCUCUGGCGGGCUGAGGAGGCAGAAGCGUGACUGGGUCAUCCCACCCAUCAACGUGCCUGAGAACUCCCGUGGACCCUUCCCCCAGCAGCUCGUCAGGAUCAGGUCGGACAAAGACAAUGACAUCCCCAUCCGCUACAGCAUCACGGGUGUGGGCGCCGACCAGCCCCCCAUGGAGGUCUUCAACAUCGACUCCAUGUCUGGCCGCAUGUAUGUCACUCGGCCCAUGGACCGGGAGGAAAGAGCCUCUUACCACCUCCGAGCCCAUGCAGUGGAUAUGAACGGCAACAAGGUGGAGAAUCCUAUUGAUCUGUAUAUCUACGUCAUCGACAUGAAUGACAACCGUCCCGAGUUCAUCAACCAGGUCUACAACGGCUCUGUGGAUGAGGGCUCCAAGCCAGGUACAUACGUGAUGACUGUCACAGCCAACGAUGCAGAUGACAGCACAACAGCCAACGGCAUGGUGAGGUACCGGAUUGUCACCCAGACACCCCAGAGCCCAUCCCAGAACAUGUUCACCAUCAACAGUGAAACAGGGGACAUCGUGACAGUGGCAGCAGGCCUGGACCGAGAGAAAGUCCAGCAGUACACGGUCAUCGUCCAGGCCACUGACAUGGAAGGAAACCUUAAUUAUGGUCUCUCAAACACAGCCACUGCCAUUAUCACAGUGACAGACGUAAAUGACAACCCUCCAGAAUUCACCACUAGCACGUUUGCAGGAGAGGUCCCUGAAAACCGUAUAGAGACGGUAGUGGCCAACCUCACGGUGAUGGACCGAGACCAGCCCCACUCACCCAACUGGAACGCUGUCUACCGAAUUAUAAGCGGGGACCCCUCCGGGCACUUCAGUGUUCGCACAGACCCUGUGACCAAUGAGGGCAUGGUCACCGUGGUGAAGGCAGUGGACUAUGAGCUGAACCGUGCCUUCAUGCUGACCGUAAUGGUGUCCAACCAGGCACCCCUGGCCAGCGGGAUCCAGAUGUCUUUCCAGUCCACAGCGGGGGUAACCAUCUCUGUCACGGAUGUCAACGAGGCCCCCUACUUCCCCUCCAACCACAAACUGAUCCGCCUGGAAGAGGGUGUGCCCGCUGGGACGGCACUUACCACUUUUUCCGCAGUGGACCCUGACCGGUUCAUGCAGCAAGCAGUGAGAUACUCAAAGCUGUCUGAUCCUGCCAACUGGCUGCACAUCAACACAUCUAAUGGGCAGAUCACCACGGCCGCGGUCCUGGACCGAGAGUCUCUCUACACCAAGAACAACGUAUACGAGGCCACCUUCCUGGCUGCUGACAACGGGAUCCCCCCAGCCAGUGGCACUGGGACCCUGCAGAUCUACCUCAUUGAUAUCAAUGACAACGCGCCACAACUGCUGCCCAAGGAGGCACAGAUCUGCGAGAGGCCCGGCCUCAAUGCCAUCAACAUCACCGCAGCCGACGCCGACAUGGACCCCAACAUUGGCCCCUAUGUCUUUGAGCUGCCAUUCAUCCCCACUACAGUGAGGAAGAACUGGACCAUCACCCGCCUAAACGGUGACUAUGCCCAGCUCAGUCUGCGCAUCCUGUACCUGGAAGCAGGGGUGUAUGACGUCCCCAUCAUCGUCACGGACUCUGGCAACCCUCCCCUGUCCAACACAUCCAUCAUCAAGGUCAAGGUGUGCCCGUGUGAUGAGAAUGGGGACUGCACCACGGUCGGCGCAGUGGCUGCAGCUGGCCUGGGCACGGGCGCCAUUGUGGCGAUUCUCAUCUGCAUCGUGAUUCUGCUGACUAUGGUCCUGCUGUUUGUUGUGUGGAUGAAGCGGAGGGAAAAGGAGAGACACACAAAGCAGCUGCUCAUCGACCCCGAGGAUGACGUGAGGGACAACAUCCUGAAGUACGACGAGGAGGGUGGCGGAGAGGAGGACCAGGACUAUGACCUCAGUCAGCUACAACAGCCAGAAGCCAUGGAGCAUGUGCUAAGCAAGGCCCCUGGUGUGCGGCGGGUGGAUGAACGGCCAGUAGGUGCUGAACCCCAGUACCCAGUCAGGCCUGUGGUGCCACACCCAGGAGACAUUGGAGACUUCAUCAAUGAGGGACUCCGAGCUGCUGAUAACGACCCCACCGCACCCCCCUAUGACUCCCUGCUAGUCUUUGACUAUGAGGGCAGCGGUUCUACUGCAGGCUCCGUCAGCUCCCUGAACUCCUCUAGCUCCGGGGAUCAAGAUUAUGACUACUUGAAUGACUGGGGGCCCCGGUUCAAGAAGCUGGCGGACAUGUAUGGGGGUGGCGAGGAGGACUAACCGCCCUCACCACCAACCUGAGAAGGGCACUGGAGGCCGAGCAGCAGAACUGAGGUGCCAGCGUCGGCUGGUGUCGAGAGGUCCCUCCCCGCUGCCGUCCCCCGUGUGGAGCUCUGCAGAAUGGACAUGCGUAUGCCACCGGGCACCCACCAUCGCUGCGGCAUCUCGGUAACCACAGCCACGUACCGCGAAGGGAGAGCCAGAGGCACAGCCCUAACUUGAAUUUCUUACCACAAAAGCACUGUUAAAACAAACAAACAAACAAACAAAAAAACAAAACAAAAGUGCCUUUUGGUACAUGACAGAUUCCCUAACUCAGGAGUGACUGAAAGAGGAGAGACAGCCCGAGAACCCCACCUCUGUCCACCCUGCCCCACAACUCUAGCCCCAUCUGGUACCUUCUGAAGGCAAGCCAGGGGUGGGAGACAAUAUGUCUUUUUUUUUUUUUUUAAGGCCUUUUGUUAAGAAAAAGAAAAUAGGUAACUUAUUUGCAAAAGAAAAAUAGUAUGGGGUCCUGAUCUGAAUAGCUUUUAUUAUGCACAGCAGGGGUCUCCUGGGCCUUUUGGGCUCCCCAAGGCUGUUAGGUGAUGAUUGGGCUUUCCAGCGCCAAAAAACACUGGGCUAGCCCAACCCCAGCAGCAGAGCCACUUCUGUGUGGGCUUUCACAUGAAUGUGUGCCCUGCCCCAACAUACUGUAAAUAGCUGAGGCAGUUGUGAGGCCUGGAGACCCUCACGUCUUCACUGACAUGCCCUCAAGCCCACCAUAAAGCCUCUCUCUGGACCAGCUGUGGCCCCCAAUACCACCGAGGUCCCCUUUUGCUUUGGUCCAGGACAGUAUGUUGUCUAAGAAGCCAAGGCAUCCUGCAAAACCCUGGCUCAGCCCUCCACUCUUCAGGAUGAGGCCCUGAGGGAUCCUGUUGAAGACAUAGCAAUUACAAGCUCCCCUCAAUGGAACCCCUGAAUGCUCUCAACACACUCCCCAGGCUGUGCAGAUGGCAGAGAGCAGAGCCUGGCCAGACUCUGGCAGCUGCUUGGCCUCCCUGGGCCCGUUUAACCUGAGCUCCUGCUUGGUCCCAUGAACUGCUAUGGAUGUCAGGACCUACCAAGUGGCCAGUGAAAUUAUCUUGCUGUGCCCAUGUGACCACAGAUGCUCUUGCUCGGACCCGUGUUUUUGUUGUUCUGGAGCUAGUGAGGCACUUUCCCAUGGCAGUUUGACGCAGUUUGACACGGGGCAAACUGGGCAGGGUGACCACUUUUGUAGGACAGCAAACAGGCUGUGUACAAGGACCUACAGGAGAUGGCAACGCUGCCCUUUUCACUGGAGGAGAAAACAGACUAGGACAUUCACAUGUCUGGGUCCAAAGGAGCCCUGGGACGGCACAGAAAGGCAGGCACUGAAGGGAAUCCUGUGCCAAGUCUUCCUGGCUUACCCCACGCUACAGUACACUUCCCAAGAAAGGGGUUGAUGAAUGCUGAUAGCUUGGGCGGCCUUGGUGUCUGAGUCUUCUUGGGGAGACAACUGAAGUUCCAGCAUUGAUGAAAAAAUAAGUUUCUUCCAGAUCUCUAACCCAUAUCUACUACUGGGGGCCAGAGGGGCUUCAAAGGGUCUGGGGGGUACCCAGGAGAGAGCGUACUUCCUAGCCGGUGGUCUCUAACUCAUAGCGCCUCUCAGCUCCUUUACCCCGUGGCUAGAUUCCCUUUUCCAGACUGCUUUGGCUUCAAAGACACACCUGAGUGAACUCAAGGGCGCCCAACUCAUGGGUAUGACCCAUUGGAUGUCAGGGUUCUUUCCCAAACUAAACCCAUCCCCACCUCUGAACUCCUGGACUUGAGCCGGCCUCAGCUGUGUCUACUCCUCUUACAACUGGAUGAAUAGGGGCUUCUGUAGUUUCCAGGAAGUCCCCCAGCCUACAGCCAGCCUGGGCAGCAGAGCUCAUGAAGGGGGUUGGGAGGGCUGUCCUAUGCAAAUUGCUCGAAUCAGCAAACAAUUUGGGUGGUGCUGAGCUUGGUUGGCAUGGCCACUGGUGGGAUUGUCAUGGGUUAGGACUGGGAAAUUGAGAAUAAUUUUCUGGGUUUGAUUUUAGAAAACCCAAGAAGGUUCUUGGAAGUGUGCAUAUGUUUGGUAGGCACGGUAGCCAAGAACUUUCCUGAAAUCCCAAGGCUUUCUUAGAAGCCUGGGGUGGGAGGUACCAAAUCCAUCAGUUACCUGGAGGCAUGUCUCACCGGCCUCCACCGCCUUCUCCACACCCCCAAGGCCUCUGUCACUGCCACGCCCCUGCAGGAACAUCCAUGGGGUUUCCUAAAAGCUGGACAGCUUGUCCUUUUCACCCUAUACCCCAAUCAGCCCCUAGGGCUAGAGGUAGAUAGGGGUUCUACACACCCCCAGACCCAUCUUGGAACUCUGUUCCCAGGCCAACAAGUUAGCAUUAGCCAAGCAUACAGUCAGUGUCAAAUGUUUCUCUUCUGUAGCUUGUAGAUACAAUGCGUCUGUGGUCAGGGCCCAGCCAACCUAGGCUGGUGGCCAGCUCUGUGCAGUACAAGGGUGCGGUUUAGCUCCUUUAAGGAGACACCUACACUACUGAGUGGCUUGGAAGAACACCUGGCCACGGUCAGCCUCGGUCACACCUGACUCCCAGCCAGCAGGUUUUCUCUCUCACGUCUUUCAGCACAUCCAAAAUGCUGGGUCUCCUUCCACCAAAGUGUCAGAGUAACGGCCAAAUGUCAGGCCUUCAGAGAUGCCUCAGUUUCCCCCUAGUGACUAUGUCGUCCAUUGAGAUUACACCUCUGUGCUCUCUAAGGUAAAUGAGAGGGGAAGUCUCUAUUUCCACCCAUACUGAAAGACAAAACCAAAAACUCACAGCUGAAUUGCCCUGCACAGAGCACCAGGUGUGGUAGUGCAUAGACCGGAUACCGCAGGUUCCGCCACACCGAGUCGGCCGAUGGAAGCCACCUCUGUAUACACCGGGGACGCAUCUUGCUUUUCCUUCCUCUCCUGUUUUCCAUUCUGAUUUAUUUUCUGCAUGUUUAUUUUUGAAAAUGGACAAAUGUGUAGCAGCCCGCAUGACCGUGGUUGUUUCGGGAAAGAUACCGGAGUAUGAUGUGUUCACACUGCAGCUCUGAGCGCCAUGCGGUGAGACAGACGUUCUGACUUUUUUUGUAAUCGUCAACAGCACAAAUAUUUUGUAUUGUCGUUUGUAUCAUUUUGUACCGAAAAAAAAAAGGAAAAAAAAAAAAAAAAAACAAAAACAAAAAGGGAAGAGAGUUGAUGUUUUCGAUGUGUUUUUAGUGCCAGGCAGUCUUGGUUCCAAAGGGAACAGCAGCUUUGCGGAAUUGUCGUGUCCAGGAGUGGAGUCGGGCGUUAGCCCGCUGCUCCAAAGGAGUAAAUAAAGUCCCCUU